GCUAACGGUUCAGUGUUGAAGCUCGGAAAGCGACCAGAACAGCAACACCUCGGUUUGCUUAUGGCAACCACAGCGCGGUGAAACAUCAAAACAAAGGGCAAGAUUGAUCCUACAAAAUACAUUUGGAAGCGACAGAGUAGCCUUCAGCAGUGCACGGGCGCGACGCAUGGCUCUCCUCGUGAACAUUGAGGCUUCAGGAGAAGACGGUAUGUUUACAUGAGGGGUCGUGUCGAGACAGAUCGUUAAAAGAAGCGCAGGGAUUAAUAGGAAAGACAUUGCCGAAGAUGCUGAAGAGACUGGGCGCACCGGCGUCAUGCAGCAGCUGUCUCCUCUUCCUCCUCGCCUUCCUCUCGCCCAGGUAUACGCUGUCCAUCGGUGCCGACAAAAAUACGGUCAACAAGGAUGAUUAUUUUAGCGCUACGGUGAACGCCACCGUUUUGGACAAUAGAGGCAAUCCUCAACAGAUGGUCACCAAGAAUGACGGGCGGUACGGACAGAACUCACCCAAAACAGAGGCGAAGGGGAUUGUAAUCGCACCUGCGGCUGUGAAUGGGGCUGUGGAUCUUCAAGGCUGCUGUCCAUACACCCGGUUCAUAGUGCCUCCAAAGACCACACACUGGGUGGCCAUAAUGCAGAGAGGAAAAUGCACCUUUAAGGAGAAGAUCCUAAAGGCAAUCGCAUUCAACGCCUCAGCCGUCAUUAUCUACAAUAACGGCUCCAAAGAGGAAACAGUCACAAUGGCUCAUGAAGGCACCGGGGACAUUGUUGCGGUGAUGAUAACCGAGUCCUUUGGAAAGGAUAUUCUGGGCUUCCUGGAGAAGAACCAGACUGUCAUGGUGUCAGUAGCGGUGGGGUCACGAGGGCCCCCCAAGAACAUCAGUCGCGGCUCUUUGGUGUUCGUCUCCAUCUCCUUUAUUGUACUGAUGAUUAUCUCCUCUGCCUGGCUCAUCUUUUACUUCAUCCAAAAGAUCAGAAUCAACAGCGCUCGGGGACGUAGUCAGCGACGGCUGGGAGAUGCUGCCAAAAAGGCCAUUAGCAAGCUGACAACCAGGACAGUAAAAAGAGGGGACAAGGAAACAGAGCCGGAUUUUAAUCAUUGUGCAGUGUGCAUCGAAGGUUAUCAGCUAAAUGAUGUAGUUCGCAUCCUACCUUGCAAGCAUGUCUUUCAUAAAAUGUGUGUGGAUCCAUGGCUAAAUGAGCACUGCACCUGCCCUAUGUGUAAACUCAACAUCCUAAAAGCCCUGGGAGUUAUGCCUAACCUGCCCUGCGUGGACAACAUGGCUUUUGACAUGGAUAGGAUGUCCCGUAGUCAAACGUCCAGUCAGAGGAUGGCUCUGAUGGAUCUUUCCUCUGAGACCAGCAUCAGUCUGGAGCCCCUACGGCACUCCAGUUCCUCCCAGCUCCCCUCCGAUGAAGAGCUCAUCCCUCGUACAGGAGAGAUCAACAUCUCUGUUACUAAAGAGUGGUUUAUUGUUGCCAGCUUUGCCGUGCUCUCUGCUCUCACACUUUGUUACAUGAUCAUCAGAGCCACCGCCAACGCCACCACCUAUGACCUGACGUCAGAAUAAAGAGGUUUCCUGGAGUCCUAAAUGAAACACAUCCUUAAAUCUCACUUGUGCAGGCUCACUUCUUGAACAUUUAUUUGUAUUAUUAUUAUUAUUAGAGAUUUUUGUUUUUAGACUUUUAGGCAACUCACAGCUUUACACUGGAUGAUCUUGCUGUUUUACUGGGAAACAAUUGAAAAUGUGUUGAUUAAAUAUAGCAACUUGUUUGUUUAGAUGCAUUAGUAUUUUACUUAAAUAAAUGUACUGUGAAUUGCAAAUUGAUAACAUGUUUUUUUUUUAACCGUGCUGUAAAUAACAUUUUGAAACACAUCGGAUUGUGUGCGUAUUAAAAAUGGUUUAUGAAAAAGUCUUUCUUGUGGUAAAUGGUACAUUGUUGUUUGAUGUGUGUGUUUAAGAUGACUUGAGCAGCAGUCCAGACAGAAGACUUUUUAUUUUGUCUCUCUUAUGUAUGGGGGAAUUCUGCAGAAUGAAUUAACAUGGCUGUAUCCAAAAUAACCCCAUAUAUACCCUCAUUCCCUACAUAUAUAUGAUAUAGUCCAAAAGAAUGAGUGAAUGGAAACUAGUUGGGGAAUACGGAUACUAAGCAGCGGAAGCACAGUUGGUGCUAUUUUGUAUCGAGAGACGCAGAAGUUUAUUUAGCACGCUCUUCACCCUGAAGGUAUAGACACUCAUUAUUGCAGUGCAUUAUGGGAUUGAGUAAGUGCACUCGAUAAUGUCAACUACAGGUAUAAUCUCAGACACCAUAACAAAUGGCUGUCCCCUCAAAUAGGGCACUAUUUAAGGGAAUACGGAGCUAUUUUGGACACAUAGUAGCUGCAAUUUGUUAGCUAAAUAUGGUCAGAUUAACCAAAUAUUAUAAAUGAGCAUAGGAUACACAGUGACAUUAGGACACCUGCCCUGUGCAGAUGUUUUUUUUCUUGCCCCUGCACUCUUAUUUUGCUUGGUUCUGGAGGAAUUCAGACAAUCACUAGUAGUUCAGCUCAUCCUGUAGGUACUCCCAAGAUGUGUACAGUGUUGUGCAUGACAAACAUUCCUGCAACCUGUUUUAUGUCAUGUGUGUUUAUUUAUUUAUUUGAAAAAGGAACAAUGUACGUAUCGACAUUCGUAACAAAUGCAAAUGAACCCCCGAAUUCGCCACAGGCUAGUUUUCAUCGCCAGUCCCCUUGCCAGGUGUUAUUAGGCAUCCUAAAAUAGAAACUAAGCAAUAAGCAAAAGGUAAAAAAAUUAUAGUAUGUUAAAAUCACAACCAAUCAAAUGAACAAGUGAUAUAUAUACAGUCCCUCCACACUGCGCCUAUUGUGACUCUAUUUGUAUUCGAUUUCAAAUUAAUAAGGCCAAGUAAAGGUGGAGGAGCUAAGUUGUGUAUAAACUAAGCAAGCAUUUCUGUAUUUUAUGAGGUUUACCCAACUAAGCCAUGGAUAAUUUUUUUAAAUAUGGCAAUGAUGGUAACGAAUUGGCUUUUUAUCUAAAAUGUUAAGAGCUUGUUUGUAUAAUGAUUUCAGUGGUUUUAAAACAGUCGAGUGUGCGUUGGACCAACUUAUCAAACAGUAAGUGAUGUGAGAGAGAACCAGUGAAUGGAAAUAUACCUUAGCUGCCUUAGUUGAUAAGUGGUUUCUGAAAUGAGCGGUUUAGAAAUGGUCUAUCCUGCU